UACCCCGCGCGCCCCUGCGGUACUUCCGAGCAGUGCCCGGGUCGUCGCCUGGGGAAGGGAAUCGGCGGCGGUGUGCGUCCGCUCGGCGGAGCCUCUUGCGUCGGGGGCGGCUCGCGUCGUGCACCGAGUUUGAAGGUCCCAGGUCUCCCGCGCUCCCCGCUCCCCCAGCACCCCCGGACCCACCAGCCAGCUCUGCCUCUUUCUCGCGGUGAAAUACUGGGCGAGUUACUUCGUCUCCCCUUGCCUUAGUUUCCUCAUGGUUGAAAAUGGCUAGUUCCUCCCCAAUGAUGUUUUGAGAAUUAAGUGAGAUUAUAUUUGAAAAGCUUAAAAACAAUGCCUAGAACAUAGUGAAACGGUGGGUGUUACCACCAAUUGUGUUAUAAAACUCCGGCACCUUGACGUUUGGAAGCAUCUAGGAGCCCGGGAUGGGGCCAGAGCUCCAGCUGCAGCGCCUCUCUCCCUUCACGGAUCACUGAUGUGGGGCUGUCCCUGGACUCCGGGACUCUUUAGACACUUGUUCAGGAAGGAGAGUUAUGUUAGCUGAUCAUGGGAAGGUCCUCUGUGGUUUAUCCCUGACAGAGAAACGAUCGUGAUCACGGCUUUGCAGAGUGCCUGCGGUGUGGUGAGUGAAGGCCUUAUGUUGCCUUCCGAGAAUUCUGCCUUUCCCCUGAAGAAAGGGGAGGAAAAUGACCAAAUUCCAGGGGAAGAGGAGAAACUACUAAAAAGAGUUGCUCAGGAGGCGGUGACGUUCACGGACGUGGCUGUGGUCUUCAGCGAGGAGGAGCUGGGGCUCCUGGACACCCCCCAGAGGCAGCUGUACCGAGACGUGAUGCUGGAGAACUUCCGGAACCUGGUCUCUGUGGGACAUCAGUCCUCCAAACCAGAUAUGAUAUCCCAGUUGGAGAGAGAGGAAAAGCUUUGGAUGAAGGAGAUCAAAACUCAAAGAGGGGGCAGGAAUCACAGCGAGAUGGAAACUCUUCAUGAAGCAGGAGUGAGGUGCCUUUCACUGGGAGAGCUUUCAUGCUGGCAAAUCAGGCGACAUGUUGGAAGGAAAUUAACCAGAGGUCAAGACCCUGUGAUAAAUAUUCAAGGAAGGAAUUCUCAGUUCCCCAAACGACAUGACUCCCCCUGUCAGGUGGACACUGGGGUAUGCUUUCAGGCUUCGGAAGAGGACAGCUGUAUAAUGAACCUUAUAGAGGAGCAUUCCAAUAGUAUUGAAAACCAAGAAUUUCCAAAUGGGAGAGCUCAGAAUUCUUGGAAUAAAAGAUACGUUAAUGAGGCACAGAAUUCUCAGAGAAGUUGUAAGCAGACCCAGAUGAAAAACAAAUUGUGUAUAUUUUCUCCAUAUGUUGACAUUUUCGGUUGUCUUUCACACCAUGAUGACGAUACAGUGCACCAGAGAGAGAAAGCUCACAGCUACAGGGACUGCGGUGGAGACAUCGUAAGGAUACCACCUCUCACCCAGCACAGUAUAAUUCACAUAGGACAGAAAACCUACCAUUGUAACAAGUGUGAGAAGGUGUUCAGUGAUAGCUCGAGUCUUGAACUUCAUCAGCAGGUACACUUGGGAAAGAAGUCCCUUACAUACCGUACAGAUGAGAAGAAUGCCAGUUAUAGCUCAGCUGUUCAACAGAGUGGCCGCACAGGAACAAAACGCUAUUGGUGUCAAGAGUGUGGGAAGGGUUUCAGUCAGAGCUCAAACCUGCAGACUCACCAGAGAGUCCACACAGGAGAGAAACCCUAUUCAUGCCAUGAGUGUGGUAAGAGCUUUAAUCAGACCUCACAUCUUUAUGCUCAUCUGCCUAUUCACACAGGAGAAAAACCCUACAGGUGUGAAAGUUGUGGAAAGGGCUUUAGUCGUAGCACAGAUCUUAAUAUUCAUUGCCGGGUUCACACCGGAGAGAAACCUUAUAAAUGUGAGGUGUGUGGGAAGGGCUUCACGCAGAGAUCGCAUCUUCAGGCCCAUGAAAGAAUCCACACUGGAGAGAAACCGUAUAAAUGUGGGGAUUGUGGUAAACGCUUUAGUUGUAGUUCAAAUCUUCAUACCCAUCAGAGAGUCCACACCGAGGAGAAACCAUACAAAUGUGAUGAGUGUGGGAAGUGCUUCAGUUUGAGCUUUAAUCUUCAUAGUCAUCAACGAGUCCACACAGGAGAGAAACCGUAUAAAUGUGAAGAGUGUGGGAAGGGUUUUAGUUCAGCCUCCAGUUUCCAGAGCCAUCAGAGGGUUCACACAGGAGAGAAACCAUUUCGAUGCAGUGUGUGUGGAAAAGGCUUCAGUCAGAGUUCGUAUUUUCAAGCCCAUCAGAGAGUCCACACCGGGGAAAAGCCAUACAAAUGUGAGGUUUGUGGGAAGCGCUUUAAUUGGAGCUUGAAUCUUCAUAAUCACCAGAGAGUCCACACAGGAGAAAAACCAUAUAAAUGUGAGGAGUGUGGUAAGGGCUUCAGUCAGGCCUCAAAUCUUCAAGCUCAUCAGAGUGUCCACACUGGGGAAAAACCAUUCAAAUGCGAGGCAUGUCAGAAGCGAUUCAGUCAGGCCUCACACCUUCAAGCCCAUCAGAGAGUCCACACUGGAGAGAAACCAUAUAAAUGUGAUACGUGCGGUAAGGCCUUCAGCCAGAGGUCAAAUCUUCAAGUCCAUCAGAUAAUUCACACCGGAGAGAAGCCAUUUAAAUGUGAGGAGUGUGGGAAAGAAUUCAGCUGGAGUGCUGGGCUCAGUGCCCAUCAGAGGGUCCACACAGGAGAGAAGCCGUAUAUGUGUCAGCAGUGUGGGAAGGGCUUCAGUCAGGCCUCACAUUUUCACACACAUCAGAGGGUCCACACUGGAGAAAGGCCAUACAUAUGUGAUGUCUGUUGUAAGGGCUUCAGCCAGAGAUCACAUCUUGUGUACCAUCAGAGAGUCCACACUGGCGGGAAUCUAUAGAGGUGGGAGAUGUGGAACAGCCGCCUCUUCAUCUCUAGGGAAAGUCCAUGCUGGUGAUUGUGGAAAGUUCCUUCAGAACUCAGAACCUUCGAGGAAUCUUCAGGGGAAAGAAGUGCUAUAAAGUGUUCUGUUUUAAGAACUCAGUUGGGAGAUGAAUUCUUUACAAACAUCAGAUUUCACAGAUGAGAGAAAAACCUGUUCUAUAAAUAUGGUCAGUGUUUGUACCAGAGCUCUGAAUGUCCCAAAGCAAGAUGCAACACAACGGAACCCUAGAAUUCGUCAGAGUCUAGCCAGGAGAGAGGCCUUAUAAAUGAAGGUUAGGGGUAGGACCUUAACCAAAGUAUAAUGCUGGACAAACAACAUUGAUACCAGCUGCAUGUAACUUCUACACAGGGAGGGGUGUUUCUUUUCUUACCACUGUCUCUACCAUGUGGAAGUGUGCUUGACUGAGCAAAGGAGAAAAAUCCCUGUAAUUUGGACAAAUAUUUGAAAACUAGUCCCAUACCCUAAAUUCAUAGCAUGCUCAAAAGGAGUCGUGCAAGUAGCCUUAAUAAAAUUUCAGGAAAUAUUAGUUGAAGUAUAAAAAAAUCAUGUAAUGCUGUCAUCCACAAUAAUACAGAUUUUGGCGAGACGUGUGUGUGUGUGUGGCCCCCAUCCUCCAUCCGGCCUGUUCUUUAUAGUGUCAACCAUUGUGUACAGUAUAACAUUUAGUAUCAUUAGUCUGUAUUUUAUAGACAAAAAUAGUGUUUUUUUUAUUAGUCUUAUAACAUGAUACUGCAACUUAUAUAAUGGGAAAUUUUGAACCCUGGUUAUUAAAGUAGGGUUUUCUUAUAACUCUUUGAAAGUGUUAAGAGUAGUUAUUGAUGACAAAAGGUUACUUAGUAAACUUGAAUUGUUAAUAAUU